UUGUCCUGCUCAAACGAAAAAUUUCAGUCGUACCCGUGUACAUUUCAAUUUUGUGUGAUCUGUCAAAAGGACGUACACUCGUCAAAACUUCCAUGCCAUAUCCGACAAUGCCAUGUUGCUAAGCCGAUGUUUCAAUGUCCUGCGUGUGACUUCACAUCGACUUACUCAAAGAACAACGUCAAAAGCCAUAUGGUCUCACUUCAUGGACUUGCAGGAGAUCCAAUCAGUUACAUGGACAAAUACGCGGCACAAGUGGACGAGUUCAUGAAAAUGUGCUUCCCGAAUGUUCGCGGACGUGGUCGUCCAAUGCAAGGUCGUUCUUCGCCUCGUUCUCCUACUAGCCCUCAACAAUCGGCAGCUCGGCGGAAUAGCCAACAGGGUUCAACACUUCGGCGGCCAUCAAUGGUUCAUCCACAGCACGAGAUGCUUGCCCUACAACAACAGCAGGCGCUUCUCGCCGCUGCUCAAGGGUUAGCCUCGUUCUCAUUCACUAAUCAUAUAAGGUAA